UGGAGGUCUUUCAAUUAUAUACCCUCCCAUGAAUCGGGCCGUCGUCUCGUUUACUGUUGAAUUCUCGGUCCAUUCCCGCAGAUGUACCGUAACGAUGGCUCGAUGCAUUGUUGCAACACUUGAUAAAUUGAAGUCGUACGCCUUGAUGAAAAAACGUUGAGCAUUCAAGUCGCCUUCAUCCAUUCCUGUCAAUCUUGUUUCCGUUACAAUGGCCGACAAAGGGAAUGCCGCACCUCAGCCUCCGAAACAACAAAAUGCCUACGGUUUCCCGGAAGAUAAAAUCCUCGACCGAACCGACAACCUCAAAUCCGCAGAUGUAGAAGAGCUGGAUUGCAAUGAGAGCGCCAUCGAGCUCACAGAGGUGACAGGCGUGUUUCGUCACGUUGGUCAGGUCAUUCCCUAUUUUCGCAACCCGCGCCACGUCCUCCUCUUCAAAUUGGACGUGAUGUUGCUGGCAUGGAUGUUCUUGGCUGGUAUUAUGAAGGAAAUGGACCAAAGUGCAACAACCCAGGCAUACGUAUCCGGAAUGCGUGAAUCAUUGAACUUGCGAGGCAACGAACUUGUCAACUUCAAUACUUUCUUUUCCAUUGGCUAUGCCAUUUUUCUCAUUCCGGGCCAACUUAUCCAGACGAAAGUGAGGCCAUCCUACUUUCUGCCGACCUGCGAGAUCAUCUGGGGCUUGCUUGUGCUCUUCACAUACAAAGCACCGGAUGCAAAGACUAUCUAUGCUCUUCGAUUCUUUCUUGGUGCGCUUGCCGCUGCCUUUUGGCCCACUGUUGUAUCUCUCAUCUUCAACUGGUACACGCCGAAAGAGCUAGCCUUCCGACUGGCCUGCUUCAACGUUAGCGACGUGGCUGGAGCCAUGUUCUUGGGAGCGUUGCAAGCUGCGCUAUACCGGAAUAUGAACGGCGUCCACAACCUCGCGGGCUGGCAAUGGCUCUUCAUCAUCGCAGGCUCAGUCACCGUUGGUCAAGGUCUCCUCGGCUUCAUCACUAUUCCCGACUCGCCUGCCAUAACCCGCGCUCUGUGGUUGACUAAGGAAGAGAGACGCCUGGCCAACUGGCGCAUGAACAGUUUCGGAGCGAAUACCUCUGAGCUAAUCUCCGCAUCACUACUUCGCAAGAAACUCCGAAAGAUUGUCGUCCACCCCAUAACAUACUUCUUCCUCUUCGGGUUCGCUCUCGCCGCAUGGGCACAUCGCGCAAAUUCGUACUUCGUUUUGUACCUCGAGUCGAUCAAGAAUCCUGCCGGAGAGCGGGUGUACAGCACGUACCAAGUGAACAUCCUCCCCCUGGGCGGCUACGCGUUGCAGAUUGUCACGAGCGUUGGCCUCAACGCUCUUUCGGACUGGAAGAACUGGAGGUGGCAGGUCAGCGUUGGAUCUCUCACCGCGCACGCCAUAUUCCUUGCAGUGUUGUGCGCAUGGCCGGCGCGUGACCACGUGGUGAUGGCUUUCUACUUCCUGACGUACACCACGAACGCCAACGGGCCAUCGCUCAUGGCCUGGAUGGCCGAGCUCAUGCGCAAGGAGCCGGAAGCACGAUCCAUCAUUGUCGCGAUGACCGUGACGAUCGUGUAUGUCGGGCAUGCGACCAUUCCGCUCGGCGCGUGGCGAGUUGCUGAUGCGCCGAAAUACCCGAUUGGAUUUCCAUUGGCAGUGGCCAUGACUGUCGCUUCGAUAUUCGUGCAGCUUGGUUUGCGUGUCUGGGAGAAGAAGCAUCCCGAGAUUACGGAACGCGGACUGGAGUGAAUGUCGUGAGGUUUAUUGAUUAGACCGGAAAAGUAUCUUCUUGAAAUUGUGCUUGGAACAUUUAUGUAUACCCCACCCCCAUGAGCGAAAGACGCCUGUUCAUAGCAACU